AUGUUGCAUGAUCCGUGUCCGCACGGUGAAGUGUGCUACUUUGAUAAUAGGGUUCAGGUGUACGUUGAUCCAAAAGUGAGUAGUGUCCGGAACGGAACGCGACUAACGAAACGAAAGGUAAACCCUGACACGAUGCAGACUACGGGCACUACAAGGGGACCGACUCACCUGGUUGCUCUUUACGUGGCGACAGCCGGUCUCCAGGGUAAUGCUCUUGGCUCCGAUGAGGAGGAGAUCACGCUGCUGGUUUAUGUGCUCAUCGAUGUUCAACAAAAUAAGGUAAUGGGAAGACAACAAUAUAUUAUACGACCGAUGGUAAUGGACGAAAGUUGUACGCCUGGAACUGGUAGCGACAACCCGGCGGUUGCCGGAAGUAGUGGAGUCAUCAGCGAAGCAGCGUUGGCACAUGCUCCGGCGUUGACUGAAAGAAAUCUUCGAGAGCAUGGAAUUCCUUUGGAACAGGCUAUUGAACAGUUUGAAGCAUGGUGGUCUAGUAUGUCGCCCGUGACGUCCGGUUGUGCACCAUGUUUCGUCGUAGACGGUCAGGCGCCGAUGAGACAAUGCUUACAUCCAGAAGCCUGCAACAAAGACAUCAAUUUGCCAGAGCACUACAACAUCUUUCACGAUCUUCGAAAGGAAUUUGUUGCUUGUUACUCGACUCAUGGAGAACUUUCGACAUUCGGAAUACAAGAGAUGAUGGAAUAUUUUGGCUUACCGUUAGAUACUGACAACGAAUUCUAUGUGAAAGAAAUACAAGAUAUGAUUUGUGUAAUACGAAGAAUGAUAAAAGAUGGACACGUCUUCCAAAAUCCUGAAACAAUUAAUAUUGUUUUAGAACCUGGUAUAUGCUCAAAAGAUGAAGAAGUUGACAAUGGCUGUGUAGUAAGAGCUAGAGGUCUUCCUUGGCAAUCAUCUGACCAGGAUAUAGCAAAAUUUUUUCGUGGCUUAAAUGUUGCCAAGGGUGGUGUAGCUCUGUGUUUAAGUGCUAUGGGAAGACGUAACGGAGAAGCAUUAGUACGGUUUAUUAACAAAGAACAUAGAGACAUGGCAUUAAAAAGACAUAAACAUCACAUGGGAGGAAGAUACAUAGAAGUGUAUAAAGCUUCUGGAGAGGAUUUUGUUGGCGUUGCUGGAGGAACUAGUGGUGAAGCUCAUGCAUUUUUAUCUAGAGGAGCACAAGUUAUUGUUAGAAUGAGAGGCUUGCCAUAUGAUUGUGUUGCUAAACAAGUGUUGGACUUCUUUUUGUCAGGGCAAAAGCCCUGUCAUGUAUUGGAUGGGGAAGAUGGCGUUUUGUUUGUAAAAAAACCAGAUGGUAGGGCAACCGGGGAUGCAUUCGUUCUUUUUGCAAAGGAAGAAGAUGCUGUGAAAGCAUUGAGUAAACACAGAGAUUGCAUUGGAAGCCGCUAUAUAGAACUUUUUCGAAGUACAAUUGCUGAGGUGCAACAGGUUCUGAAUAGGGCAAUUGACCCGAAACAGCAGGUUGUACUUCCAACGCCGCCUAUUCCACAACUUCCUCCUAUACUUCCACAACAUAUUAUUACUUCUGGUACGCGUAAAGAUUGCGUUAGAUUGCGCGGUCUUCCAUAUGAGGCUCUUGUUGAACACAUCCUCGAGUUCAUGGGCGAACAUUCAAAAAAUAUUGUCUACCAGGGUGUUCAUAUGGUUUAUAAUGCUCAAGGUCAACCUUCCGGUGAAGCGUUUAUUCAAAUGGACAGCGAAAGUUCAGCAUAUGCGUGUGCGUCACAGCGACAUCAUCGGUACAUGAUAUAUGGCAAGAAACAACGAUACAUCGAAGUGUUCCAGUGCAGUGGGGAUGACAUGAAUCUGGUAUUGACAGGUGCAGUAACUCCGCCAUCAACCAAGGCUCUACUAUCACCCGGAGGCACGAUGUUGCCACCUCCACCAGUCGCGAUAUUUCCACCUGCUGCUGCAAUGCUACCGCGUGGACCACCACAGUUUGCAGCACCUUAUCCGCCUCCAAUUUUCUAUUGGCCUUAUCCUUCACCGCCGGUCAGUCCAACUAAUUAUUACAAUCCGGCGAAUGUUGGUGGGAUCGGAAUUCCUCAACAGGCAGCCUUGUUAACUCCAGCAGAAUGUCUACAAUUAGCACCAGGAGCAACCGUACCUGCGACCACACCAACUGCAGAACCACAACGUAUCGACGCUUUUCUUCCUCGAAUGGAUUUGGAAAAGCGUGUACCUAUCCCUGCACCACCGCAAGCAGAAUGCAAUUCGUUUAUCGAAGUAUUCAUGGUUUGAUGACGAUUAUCUCAUCAAGAUUCACGUGGUAAAUUCGUCUUGAAAUAUUCUGCCCCAUGUUCGAUCAUCGGCAGGAUUCAGUGAACCUUUUUAGCUUCGCACGACAGAAACUGAACGAUUAUGUUUUACUUGCUGCAUGCGAAAAGAAGCAAUAUGUUGUCGUACGUGUGCACGUACGACAAGAAGAUCCUUAUCUAAAAGAUCCGUUUCUUCGUUAUCCGAGGAAAUUCGCUGAACGAGAGAUAUCCGACGUGACUGGAUUAAUAUUUUUUUUUUUCUCAUCUUCGCAAGGAGCUCCCCCCCAACUCCUACCCCAUAAAUCUAACGUGUCGCAGGGUGGCACGUUUCUUUCUAGUCUAGAGACAGAUGCAAGUCGUCGUAGCUUAACGCAGUGACGUCGUUUCUUUUUCGUCGUUUGUUUCAAUUCCUUUGGAACAGAACGAAUACGGCAGGUUUUUUAUUCUGCUGAUCCCCUCUUUUUUUCUUUUCCUUAGUUUCUGUUUCGUCGCCCGUUCUUUACGUUUUGUUUCUUCUUCAUUUUAUCCACCGCUCCGUGUGAUUGAACAACGUUAGGGCGCUUGAUGAACAUUCCUGGGAGAGACAAAUCGCGAUUAGGCAGCAGCUUCGUCGUGUUAGUAAUAAUAUCGUGACGUUUAAAAAUAGUUGACGUUUCGAUCAUUUUAAAUAGGCUGGAAAUUACUGGAAAUUAGCGAAAGUUAAUAUUCGGAAUUCGAGCAAUGAGUUUGAUACAUGACGUGGUAGCAUUUAAUUCGAACAAAAUAUUCGAUUCGCAAUAUUGUGGUUCCGAGUAUUGAGCUACAGUUGAUCGAACACGUUGACUACUUUACGUUAACGUGAAAGUGAUUGUUCAUACUAGAAAAAAGACAAAAAAAAAAAAAGAAAAAAUUAUUAGAGUAAUAUAGCGCGAUUAUUUUUAGAAUUCUACUUAAUUUAAUUUAAAGUUUUAAUAUAAAAUUUAUAUAUAAUAUAUACCCUAACGUCGAACGUUAUCCAAACGAGAGAUACGUUAUUGUCGUCGAUUCACUAUGAAGUUCUCAAGUUUUAUUACUAUAUCAAAUAAGUUAUUCGAUUCGUUUCAUGUUAGCUACAUCAUUCAUUGAUUUGCUAUGAAGCGCGAUAAUGACAGUUUUAUAAUUUUUCAUCAUUUGGUCGUGCUAUGAAUGCUGCAAAUACUUCAUAAAUGUCUUCCUUUCAGACACUGUCACUGUCUCGAGCCAAAUUUUAAUAUCGAUUCUUAUUUAUGACAAUUGAUUGUGUCUAUAUGUAGCAAAAUACAUAUGUAUAGUACAUAUGUAUGAUUUCUCUACAGUGACUCUCAUAUAAUAAUUAAGAUUGGUGAACCAAAUCGAGAAUGACAUCUGAGAUUUUUGCUGAUCGCUCAAUCACAUGAUUAGUUCAUGUAAUUCUACAUUCUUCUUCUCCAAUCCAAGUAAUACACUUUGUAGUUUCUUCAUCUCUUUCUCAUUGCAGUUAUGCGUCAAUAUUCUUUCAUAGUUAUUUUUCUCUGAAUAAUUUCUUGCGUAAAAAAGCUAGUCUUGAAGAAUGGUUAAAAUCUUGUUAAAAUCGGAGACCAUUGGCUUCUGUACUUAUACGUAAGAAAGGGAUGAAUUACAUAUACAUACUUUGAUAAAAUCGAGAAUAAAAAUCGAGUCGAGGACACGGUUUUGCAGUUUUGCAAAUGUUCCUCUCUGUUCUUGUUCCUGCAAAUAACGCUCGUGUAUAAAGGUGCAAUUUUAGAUAUAGAGUGACGUUUGAAAAGCCAGAGUCGUUUUAUCGCUAAAAAUUAAGACUCAAACGCAUCAUGAAGAAAAAUCGCAAAGCACAUGAUGAAUUAUAUAAUAUAUAUGCGCAAAUUAUAUAAACUUGUAGAUAUACAUACAUAUUUUUAUGAAUAUUACAUUACAGCUAAGUUUCAAACGAGCUUCGAUAAUCGAUAAUCAACGUGCAGUUGCAAUUGCCAAAAAAACUUCACUGUACUGUACUAUUUUGACUUAGAGGGGAAAAAAGGAGAUAUCAUGACGUGAAUAUUUCGCGUUCAAUUAAACUUUUUGCAAAUCGUAAAAAUUAAGAGAAACAAAGAUCAAAGAUGAGAGAACAGGUUAUAUGUAUGCAAAUUGAUCGAUAAUAUCGAGAUUUUUGAACGAUAUCACCAUUCUCGAUUCAUAGGUACCUGAAGUUGUUUCAUCGAACGUACGCGCCAAAACUAGUAGUGACACGUAGCGAUUUAUUUGAUUGUGAUGAGAAAAGUAUAAUGAGAAAUAACGAAGAUGGUUCGAAAAAUGCGAGUGCUCCAAGUUAAUAUCGUUCAUAAGGAUAAGUGUUUUAAGAAUUAAGUUAAAAUGUAAAAGAUAAAGAUUGUGCUCCGGGUUAACGAGCACCAUGAACAAAUCAUAUUGUUGAUUUUGUUUCUCGUUACCGUAACGUGCUAUGUCACAUUGAGAUAUUGGUGCAAUAAUUUUUUCCUUUUCCUUUGUUUUUUUUUCUGUUGUGACGUGUGUACAAUAGGGAUCAAAAGAACUAGUUUUCCGUACUGAGGAAUAUCAGGUAAAGUACCAUCACUGUUACUUGCAGUAAAUUAAUUAUUAUGAAUUAUAUUGAUAUUUUUAAAAUUAAGCGUGAAUUACUUAAUGAUUUUGCUUUAGUUUAUUAAUUACACAGAUCAAUUUAAUGAUAAAUCGGAACAAUUCGGAAGUAUUGUUUCAUAGUUUCUUCUUCAAGACAAGAACUGCAAUAACUGUAAGAGUUAUCAUUGGUUUUACAAUGUAUUUGUGAACAUUAGCGUUUCGUUAACUGGUUACAGAUCAUAUUUCUUUUCUUCGUUGAAUUUGAGUGAGAUACAUUAUUACAUAGUGUACACAUAGUUUAACUGGACAAAAGGAAAGUUUCUGAAAAAGAGUUCAUUUGUAGAAUUCAAGAUAUCAAUCAAUAGUCAAUUAUAACAUGAGACAUCUAUAGUCGCAACCAAGAGAUUCGUUUUAUGAACUUAUAUAUUUUCAAGAUGGUUAAUUAAGGAAGUAAAAUUCUAACCAGUUAAUGCGAUGCUAUUGUAGUUCCUGAACGCAUGUUCUGUUGCAAGGAUAGUUCCUACUGUUCUUCUGAUCUCUAAGAUCAGAUGCCUCAUGUUAAAUCUUGCAAAUAGUUUAAAGUUGAUUUUUCAGAUUUAAGAAAGAGACUAGAGCAAAAUAUUUAAAUAAUUCACGCAUAUUCAACGGAAUCAUUCCGUAAACAGAAAUUUUUAACUAUUCGAUCUCGGCGUGACUCUUCUAACGUUUUAGUAUAAUAGAAAAUUGUAUAUACAUUUGUAUGCCUAUCUUAUAAUAAGAUUCAGCAUAUUUAAAUAAAAAAAAAAAAAAAAAAAGAAAGAAUCACGUUUCGAAAAUGCUGAAUAAGCAGCACCGUUUUUCGUGAGCGCACAAAGAGCUUUAUAAAGAAAAAAAAAGUGAAAAAAAAAUUAUAUAUAUAUAUAUAUAAAUAUAUUAUACCAGAAGCUUUCGUCUACUGUAAACAUAGGCGAGCCUCUAUUGCCGAUUGAUCGUUUCUGCGGUCUAAGAAAACGGCUACGACGAAUAGUAAUCUGAUCCCGAUAUUUAAUAAUGUUAUCAACGAUAUUAAUAUUAAUAUAUUCACUAUUGUUUUAAAA